AUGGAGAACUGGGACGAGUUUGAGGAAGAACAGGAUAGCUAUUUAGAAAAAGAAUAUGACGCACAGACACAACUAUUUGAUACUAGAGAAGCACUCAUUGGAUGGGCUAAGAAAAUUAGAAAACAAAAUGGAAUUGUGAUUGUGAUUAAGAGUUCAGAAUCUGGGGGUCCUGGAAAAAGACCUAGAGUUCGUCUUUCUUGUGAACGUAGUGGAAAGUAUAGACCAUCCAAGAAGAAAGAAGAAAUAAUAGGAGAAUUAAAAAGGAAAUCCACAGGUUCAAAAAAGUGUGAUUGUCCGUUUGAAUUACUUGGUAUGAAAUUUGAGCAGUGGGAGUUGAAAGUUAUAUGUGGAGUGCACAAUCAUCCACUAGCAGUUCAAUUGGAGGGUCAUUCAUAUGCAGGGAGACUUACAGAAAAAGAAAAAGGAAUUUUGAAAAUUAUGUCUGAGAAUCUGGUGAAACUUAGAAAUAUUUUGAUGAGUCUCAAGGCAGAUGAUGAGAAUAAUGUUAUUACUAUCAAAACUAUAUAUAAUGCGCGUCAAAGAUAUAAACUUAUUGAGAAAGGUGGUAGAUCACAGAUGCAACAGUUGAUGAAGAAAUUAAGAGAAUGUAAUUAUGUGGAGUGGCACAGAACUGAUGGAUCAAAUUGUAUUGCAGACUUAAUUUGGGCGCAUCCGAUGUCUAUAGAUUUAUUAAAAAUAUUUUCACAUGUCUUGAUAAUGGAUUGUACAUACAAAACUAACAGAUAUAGAUAUCCACUUCUUGAGAUUGUUGGUGUGACAUCCACUGAGUUAACUUUUCUUGUUGCAUUUGUAUUUAUGAACCAUGAAUAUGAGGAUAACUAUACAUGGGCUAUGGAGAGAUUAAAGAAUGUGAUGGGAUCUAAUGCAUGUCCUGGAGUAAUUGUGACUGAUAGAAAAUUAGCAUUGAUGAAUGCAAUAUAUAAAGUCUUUCCAAGUACCACAACCUUAUUAUGUAGAUGGCAUAUAUCUAAAAAUAUACUUGCUAAGUGUAAGAAAUUCUUUGAUAGAAAAGAGACAUGGGAGAAGUUCAUGUUACAAUGGAAUCUUCUUAUUUUUGCCUCUACUGAGAUUGAGUAUCAAAGUCUACUUUCUGACUUAAUGGUUGAGUAUCAUGCAUAUGAAGGAGCACUUGAUUAUGUGAGAAAUACAUGGCUGAAUGAUUACAAAGAAAAAUUUAUUGCAGCGUGGACAAAUAAAGUAUUACAUUUUGGCAAUGUUACUACUAACAGGGCUGAGAGCGCACAUGCGAAGCUGAAGAGAUAUCUGGGAUCAUCACAAGGUGACUUUGAAUCAUCAUGGAAAAUUAUAAAUUCUCUUAUUGAGUUACAACAUACUGAGAUAAAGGGGUCUUUUGAGAAGAGUUUAAUAUUGGUACAACACAAUUUCAGAUCAGAAAUUUUUAGAGAAUUGAGAGGUAUUAUAUCAAGAAAUGCAAUGAAUAUGGUAUUAAAGCAAACAGAGAUGACACAAAAAAUUGGAGUGGAUAAAAUUGCAUGUAGAUGUGUGAUAAGAAGCACACAUGGUUUACCUUGUGCACAUGAAAUUGCAGAAUUAAUGAUGGAGGGAAGACCAAUUCCUUUAUCAUUUGUGCACCCUUAUUGGACAAAAUUAGAUUUAGUGAAUACUGUUGAUGUGUCCUCAGUGUUAACAAUUGAUCCAGAGUUGGAAAGUCUUUAUAAUAUAUUUCAAUCAGAACCAGAAGGAGGUAAAAUCGUAUUAAAACAGAAGUUGAGAGAAUUAAUAGAUCCAGCUACUACUUCAUUGAUCCCACCAAGUGUGAAAGUUCGGACAAAAGGUAAGCCAUCAUUAAAAAAUAAAAUUCAAGUUGAUACAUCCACUCGACAUGAUCCAUCAUAUUUUGAAAUAGUACAGUCUAUUCAUGAUAGCAUAUCUCCAACAAUACAAAGCUCAGUUAAGACACUGAAUGAAGGUAAACUUUAUCGUACCAGUGUCAAACAGAGAUUGCUAGGCUAUGAUGCUUCAUUCCCAUCAAAAAUACGUCAUUUUAUACAUAAUAUUGUUAAUGUGGAGUCGGAUGGACAUUGUGGAUUUCGUGCUAUUGCUGCGUUACUUGGAAUGAGUGAACACAACUGGAGAGAUAUUCGUAUGAAUCUGAUUGGAGAGUUGCAUACCUUUCGUGAUAAAUAUAUAGAGUUAUAUGGAUCUGCUAUGCGUGUAGAUGAGUUAAUGCACGCACUUUCUUGCUUUGAGUGUGUUGUACCUCCUCAACAUUGGAUGACUUUACCUGACAUGGGUCAUUUGAUUGCUUCAAAAUAUAAUGUUGUGUUGGUUCAUUUAUCUCGAAUGCAGUGUCUUACUUACCUUCCAUUGAGAUCAGCUGCACCUUCAGUUAUACAAUAUAGAAUUAUUACUAUUGGAUUUGUGGAUGAUUGUCAUUUUGUACAGGUAUUUCUUAAAUCAGGUUCACCAAUUCCUCCUGUUGCACGCAAUUGGCAUAAAUAUCGAUAUGAUAUUGCACGUGAAUGGGAAACACCAUAUAUAACUCGAAUUCAAGUAUUUAUGUCUCUUAUUAACAAAAAUGUUAUUACAAAAGAUGUUUUUGAUUUAACUGAUGAAUGA